GAUUACACCUCGAAAAUACGAUGUCAUUCAAGCAUCUGAGCUUGGGCAAAAAAUUGGAACAAUCACUGCCGAUGCUGGAGAUUUAACACUAAAUCGAAGGGAAACAAGGACAUCAUUUACAUUCAGGAAAGUGAGGAGAAGCCCUUGCAAUUGCAUUUACCCAUCCGUCUGUGACAGCCAGAAAGGACAGCAAAGAGAGGUGCAACCUUCAUUUCCCCACAACGAGAGGGACGCCUCAGAGCUGGAGCAAGAAUAUGUACACAAGGUCUAUGAAGAGAUUGCCACACACUUUAGCAGUACCAGACACAGACCAUGGCCUCGAGUUGUAGAGUUUCUCAGGUCCCUACCAAAAGGAUCGAUAGUGGCUGAUGUUGGUUGUGGUAAUGGGAAGUAUCUAGGCAUCAAUGAGGAUUUGUACAUGGUUGGUUGUGAUCGCAGCAAAAACCUGGUGGAUAUUUGUGGAGAAAAAAAUUUCCAGGCUUUUGUCUGUGAUGCGCUGUCGGUGCCAAUGCGCAGUGGCUCUUGUGACGCCUGCAUCUCUAUCGCUGUAAUCCACCACUUCUCAACAGCAGAGAGGAGACUGGCUGCUAUCCGUGAACUAGCUCGACUUCUAAGGCCUGGUGGAACAGCACUCAUUUACGUCUGGGCAAUGGAACAAGAAUACAAAAACGAGAAGUCUAAAUACCUUAAGGAAAAGAAUGGUGGUAAAGUCAAAGAGGAGGAAAUCAAUACUGGCACAGCCCAAAGACAGCUUUGUGAUCAAGUGCCUGAUAGCACCAGCCAAGACUCGACAUGUUCUGACCGACCCCAUAAUGACUCGAAGGCUGAAGGCCGUGAUGCAGACUCCAGACUGCCUGUUCACACUAACAGAACCUCCUUUCACUCUCAGGAUUUGCUGGUUCCCUGGCAUCUGAAAGGUGGCACUAAAAGGAAAGGGGAAAGUGUUGAUACAGUGUUGCUUCCAGCUGGCUCCAAGGAAUCACGAGAACUCAGCCCUGUUUUCCACCGCUAUUACCAUGUGUUCUGUGAAGGGGAACUGGAAGCGUCAUGCAGAUCCCUGGAUUGUGUGAGGGUUCAAAAGAGUUACUAUGAUCAGGGAAACUGGUGCGUGGUUCUAGAAAGGGUGUAG